AUGAAAGACGAGAUCUCCAUUGAAAUCAUGUUGGACAAUCCUAAUAACUCUAUGCGAAAGAGGGAAAAGAUUCAAUCCAUAGAUCCACCAGUAGAUUCACCUACGGCAACUCUUAGCUGUUUCAGUGACUAUGAUAUGCACGAAGAAUAUGAUCAGAAUAUGGAAGAUGAGAGUUAUUUGGGUUUCCACGUUCCCCAGAGUGACCUCUUUGAAGAAACUGAUGCAUUAGAGUUUGACCAGUCCACAAUGAUCCGGAUGAAACAAGAGAUUAAAAAUUGGAAACGGGAACGCCAAGAGUUGCUGAAACUGCGCAAAGUAGUCACAAAGCAACAGCAACAACAAGACGAACUUGAAACAAAGUUGAAAGUAUAUCAACGCCAACAAGGACACUCGCAAGGUGGACCUGAAGAUCCUAAUGGACAUUACGUUCACAGUCUGAACAUUGAUGAAAUCUUGCGACGAAACUUAAAUUGUUUCCCUGAAGAUGAGGUUGCGAUACAGCUUGAGGAAUCACAGUCCAUGCUCGAAGAGAUCAAGAAGCAAGUGCAUGACUUGCAAGAGGAACUGAUAGAAGUUCGAAACGAUAAAGAAAGGUUGAAAUCUGAGCAUUUUACAAUCCGAGAAAUAUUCCAAGAUCAAUUGAACGUAGCUGAAGACCAACUCGAAGCUGAACGGCGGAAAAGGGAGGACGUCAUGAAUGUCCACAAACUUCAGCUGGAGCUCCAACAAAUGAGAGCCAAAGAAGAUGAAGAGGAAUGGGAUUCCCAAGUGCAGUUCUGGAAACAACAGUUCGAAGAAGCGCAAAAACAAUUGCAAGAUGAAGGGGGAGCCUUGCAGACAGAACAAGGCGAACAUCAGUUGCAAGUACAAGGGGACCGCGUCGAUGAUGACAAUGACAAUGUGUUGACUGGGGAACAAGUCAAAAAAUCGAAGCAAGAUGAAGGACUCCCGAGCCAGUCAUUGGAAACAGUACAGGAAGAGCAGCAUGGGGAAGAGCAAGGGAUAUCUGUCAAACGGGAGGACACUCACGAUGUGAGCUGGGAAGAAAGCACGGCACAAAAUGCUGGUGCCGAAAGCAUGCGUCAGUCCGACAACGCAUCCAACGAAGCGAAUGAGGCUAUUGACAAACUAGAAAAGGAACUCUCCGAGUCGAAGUCAAAGUAUCUGGAAUCGGGGGCGCGUCUGACUAAGUUGGAAACUGUGAUUCAUGAAAUGGCCAUCAGCCAACAAGCAAUGGUGCAGAAGAUUCAAAGCGUGGUACAAUUACUUCAGAAAACACAGCAAGAAAAGGAAAAACUGAAAAAGGAAAAGAUAACAUUGCUUAAGAGGAACAAAAGGGAAACCGAGAAACUGAAGAAGGGAAAACUGAAUCUAGAAAUCCAAGGAGUUGGACGAUUGCUUCAGAAAACCAAGCAAGAAAAUGAAAUGCUGAAAAAGGAAAAGCUGACUUGGCUUCAAAAAACAAAAAGAGAACAUGACAAACUGAAAAUGGAAAAGCAAGCUUUGGAAAAACAACGAAAGGAAAAACUGACCAUGAUGACACGGAAUGCACAUCGGUAA